AUGUCCACAAAAGAAUUCGCUCACGCACCGAAGACACAAUACUUGCCUACUUGGCAAAUUGCUCGAAGAUCCGCUAUCGAAAUGGGGAUUACCGUACUGCCUCACCCACGCCAUCUGAAACAUCUCCACGACGAACACGCAACAAAACAGAAGCACCACCUCAGGAAGUUCGAAGAAUCCUUUGACAAAUGGGGAGCAUUGAUAGAAAACUCACAAUAUCUCCGACCAGUUGACCCAAAAGCGGAUAUACUUUGGGCUACCGACGGCAGCACAGACGAAGCUGGAACUGUCGAACGUAGACGCUGCGCGUUAGCCAUUGUCGGUCCUGUUCAAUACGCUGCAAAACUCCGAGACCCACUGGCGACGAUCCUCGAUGCGGAGACAAUGGCCCUGGCCAUAGCAUUACAAAUAGACAGAAAAUAUCGAAAGAUAUGGACGAUACCAGACACAACACUAACGAUAAUACAUACCGACCACGCCAAUACCGUAGCAUGGCUUCAGGACGUCACCGACCUCACCAUAAUACCGCCUCAGGCGGCUUCGCGUCAUUCUAAACGCUUUCUCCUCAAACAAUUCCGUACCCACCCGAACGUAUCCAUUAGAUGGGUGAAAGCACAUACUGACGGGAAAACAACACCCCAAGUGAUGAACGCGAAGGCGGACCAGCUAGCAAAAGACGCUCGACAAAACGACCUGGUGAUAGGCGUUGGGCCGAGGCACGCCGAUGACUUCUCCCUAUACCGAGAUGGUACGGGGAAAUUCGGAAGGGAGGGAGACUUCCUCAUGGGGCAUCCUACACGUCAGCUCACUGCCCUUUGGGACGCCACGCACACCCCAAAGUGGAUCCACCGAAGAAACAAUGUCUUUAGAUUCGCAGACCCGGGAGUCUUUACCUCGUAUGCACGAGACUUGGGCCUUAGAACACUAUUUCUAGCACGAUCAAGGCAACUGGAAACCCCGGCACGAAUGUGGGAGAGGAAUAUGGCGGUAUCUAACAAUAAGGAGAUGACAAAAAUUCAGAGAAGAAUGAACGACACGAGAGACUGGGAAUGCUGGAGCUGUGGGACGAAGGCACAAGAAGCGGACGAUACCCACAUGUUUAUGUCCUGCCCAAUCGCAACAUCCACGAUGGCCAAACUGGAGAAUGAGAUGAUAGUAACGGUGAGGCGGUUCUUUGAAGACAACGCCCUGGACGAUCGGCACACAGAUAAGAAGGCACAUCUGGCAUUAGCCAGAAUCAUAUAUAAACAUACAAGUGAGUGGGACCAGGGUGAAUGCAGAUGGUGGUGGGCAGAAUUGCCGGCCAACUUUCCAUACGAAACGCGAUACUCACGUCUAUACUCCAAAAUGAUAACGAACCUCAUCGCCGCAAGCGGACACGUGUGGAACAAACACGUUGAUAAUAGAAGACUGUGGAAUAUAUCCAACGGCCGUAAUGAAGAAAACACAGAUGACAGCGAAGAAGAGAACAACGACGACAACGAUGAAGACAGUGACGAAGACCUUAUGAUUGAACCAGCCUCAGGGCCAAGCCAGGGAAACGUACGCACUCCACCUGAGGAAACUGCCAACAAAAGGCGGAAGACGAGAGUACGCCCGUGA